AUGAAUACGGACAACUGGAAGCAGCGGUUUCGCAUGGCAGUCAUCAAGGGAAGUCCUUUGGCAGGCGCAUGUUCUUUGGACGUCAUAGAUGAUUGGCUUAGUCGUGCCGCUGUUGCCUACAAGGCCGACACCCGUUUUGAGAAGUUUGCUCGGAUGGCCACUGCGUCGUCAUCCAGCAUGCAAGGCAGUGGGCUGCCCAUCCCUGGCACGCCUUCACCAGAACAGCCGUUGCAGUCUGAGCGUGUGCAACCGCCCCUGGCCGUGACUGAGCUGGCCCGUGGGCUGGGUGGCGUCUUGCGCCUUUGCAUUCGGCGCCUUCUAGAGCUGCUGUUUUACAUCUUGGACCAGUUGCUUGAGGAGGCUUUGCAUCAGGCUACCGCCACUGUCUAUGUUCUGUUCGCAGCGGACCAAAGCAUGUGUCCUGCUCAGCUCACGGCGCCUCUUCUGUCACAGCUGCUCUUGGUCGUGUGA